AUGGCUCCUCAACACGCCUCCCCACCCGGACCCGCGGACACGACGCCCUUCCGCGUCAUCUGCGCCGGCCUCUCCCGCACCGGCACCGUCUCCCUCUGCACCGCCCUCUCCCACCUCCUCAACGGCCCCGUCUUCCACGGCGGCAUGCAAAUGCUGCACGGCGGCGCCACGCGCCAACGCCAACUCCUCUCGCUCUGCCAGCUCGAUCCGUCCCCGUCACCAUCGCCGUCUGGCCGCGACACCCUCGACCGCGCACACGCCCAGCACCUCCUCGCGCAGCUGACGCAGGGCUACGUCGCGGCCGCCGACAUGCCGCUCAACAUGUACGUCGGCGAGCUGUGCGACCUCUACCCGGACGCGAAAGUGAUCGUCUCGACGCGCGAGAAGGGGGCGUGGGUGAGGAGCUGGGGCCCCGUCGCGGGGCUGGCGUCGACGUGGUAUUUCAAGCUCCUCUUCUGGCCGCUGCCGCACGUGCGGCGCUUCCCGGACAUUGUGGUGGCGCUGGGGGAGCGGAUGCACGGGCGGCGAGGGCGCGACGGGAGGAUGGUGAGGCGGGAGGCGUUGUAUCCCGGUAUGUGGGAGGUGAGGGAGGAUGUGGAGAAGAGGUUUGGCGCGCAGUAUGAUGGGCAUGCGGAGUACCUGCGGCGGGUGGUGCCGGAGGAGAGGUUGCGGUUUUUUGAUGUCAAGGAUGGGUGGGGGCCGUUGUGUGAGAUUUUGGGGGUCGAGGUGCCGGAUGUGCCGUUUCCGCAUGAGAAUGAUUGGGAGAGCUUGCAGGGAUCGGUGAAGGGGCUGGUUGUGCAGGGGAUUGUGGUCUGGGCUGUGAUCUUUGCUGGUGUGGCUGUUCUUGUGCGAGUUUUGCAUUUCCGAAAGUACAUUGCCAAGUCCUGGGAAAUCACUGACCCGCACUUGAAGGAAUUCCAUAUUCACGAUCAGAACAGCACCUGUAAUGAACGUGGAGACAUCAACCCAAAGCAGUGGGAGGGUCUUGUAUCUGUACAGCAAGACCUCGAGACAGAUUCCGACACCGUCUACUGUCUUUGCUUUAAACAGAAGUCGAGGCAAGGAUCCGGCUCGAUUGAUUUCUAUGACAGCAGCAGGUCGUUCGAAACUGCACCGUCUGAGGUUCAAUCACUUGUCUCCCUGGGUCCCUUGGCCGCAGGGAGCAGCUUCACACCAUCCACUCCCCGCCGUUCGCCAUCCAUUACCUCCCUCAUAACGGAUCCGCGUUCGGAAUUUUCCUCGGUCAAUGCGCCCAAAAAGCGCCCCAGUCAAUACAGCCUGCGCGAGCAUGCGGUGAAGAAUCUUCGGCUCAAGGGUAAUCCUGGCCCCGACCAAGUGGUGGACGCAGGCGAGGCACAGAACAGGGUUACUCCGAACGGCGACGAUGAUGGAUCGGAAGUCGAAGCAAAGGCUAUUCGUGCGGCUCGCCAAGAUGAUGGGAAGAACACAAAGUUCCUGGUAGGGAUGCUCAUCGACGGUACCAAAAGGGCAGUGUUCGUUCAUCCUAAACCGAAUCGUCUAAGGCACUUCAUUCUGGAACACAGCACCCAAGACAAUCCACGUGGGAGUAGAAAGAAGAUCGUACAGGUCAGAGUAGAGAAUGUCAAGUACGAAGGUGUCUUCGAGAAGUAUCAGAACGAUCGACCGGCAUUGCACAGGAAGUUGUUGGAGAAUCUCUCGAUAGAACCUACGGAAGGCGAGAGCUCCAAAUCCCAGCAGGGCACAGGGGAUCGUCCUGCAACACGAGCCAGUUCGGUAUCAAUGGAAAGUGAAAAUAGCGCUCGGAGGACUAGGAGAAGCGGUCAUCCUACCGAAUCUCGCCAUGAGGGACGCCAUCUUCCGAUACGCACUUCUCGAUUGACGCAGGAUCCAGAAGACAACAACGAGGAGCAACUAGAUGCGCCACUAGUUGAAGUUCACCUCACUUUCUUGAGCUUCGACGACCUAUCCGAGCUUAUCGAACUGCAAGAACGGGAGUUCCCCAUUACAGCUACUAUCCAGGAUGUUCUCGUUACAGCAAAACGCAUUCUCCGCGAUGAGACAUCGCUUCAUGACUUGCACAUCGAAAGGGUUAACAUUGUAAAUGUGAAACCUUCUAUCGCCAUAUCAGAAGUCUGGGAGAAACGGCGGAACUUAGAGCAUUACCUCCCAAGAGGUCAUCGAGGAAAUAUUCUCCAUGAGUUGGACGUUCAGACAACGUGGACGUGGACGGAUGACCCUUCUCACGGGGGUCAUGACGGUGCAUGA